GAUAGUAAAAGAAUCCUUAGUUACUUGGAAAAUAUGAAAUUUUCAUUGAUAGCUUCUGUCUUUAUCUAUAUUUGUCUACAUCCAAAUUUGUCAGGUUGGGCAUCAAAGUUGCCUAUUCAAGAUGAUGGAUUAGAGUAUUCAGAUAAAUCAAUUGAACUAGAUCAACACGAAUCAACAGGUAGUGGAAAAAAUCCAGCAUUUAUGGUCUCUUUGUCAACAUCUGAAACUGUCAGCUAUGGUCGAGUGCACUGGACAUCUGUUGAUAUAAAUGAAAAUGGCUUAUUCGAUCAAUCAGACAAUAGUCUAAGAAUUAGCCAAUCUGGAAUGUAUUUCUUUUCAAUAACUGCAACAAUUGAAAGCCAGGAUACAACUUCUCUAAUGCUUGACAAUACAGGAAACAGCAUUGGUUUAUUUAAAUAUGGUAAUUCAAGCGCUACAAUCGAUAGUACAACCAGAACUGGACUAUUCCUACUAACAAAUAUUAAUAAACCAUAUAUCUUACAGCGUCAUUCUUCCUCACAUCUGAUUGGUAGUGAAAAUGGAAAAGAAACAUCCUGGUUAGGUUUUCACUAUAAAACUAACAACUAUUUGUUUGCAUCUCGUGACACUUCCUUCAGUUCUACUUACAGUGAAGUACCUUUACCAAAUAUUAUUGCAAUGAGAGGUUUUUCGAAAAGUUCUAAUAGAUUUAGAGUAUUUGAAGAUGGCUACUAUUUUGUAAAUUUUGGAUCAGCAGUUAAGAAUUCAAAACGUUCUGAACUUAGAUUUGAUUCUACUUUUAGUUCUUCAGAGUUAUAUAACCAAAUCAGAAUCACUAACAAUGCUACAACACCAGUUAUACAAUCGUUGAGUAUUAUUCAACGGUUAUUUUCUGGUGAACACAUUUAUCUUAAAACAUAUGAAGGUAGUCAAUAUUCAAAUUCUGACCAUCUAACAUAUCUAUGUUCAUUCAAGUUGAAUGAAAGUUUACCAGUUUUUUCAAUUGCUUCAAGUAAUGAGGAUUGUUCUCAGAGUUCUUCAACAGUAACUUUUCGACAAGCUCCUAUAAUUGACACCGGAAACAGUUGGCAUAACAGUGGAACAUAUAGAAUCGCUGUUACCGGUACAUAUUAUAUUGCAUUCAAUAUACCGAGUGAUGAACGAAAUGAUAAAAUUGAGAUCUACAUUGACAUUAAUGGACAUAAAAGGUCACGUGUCUUCAAAUCUAAUAAUUUAGUUCAAAAUAAAUUUGCUGGUUAUGCAUCUGGUGGAGUAUUAAUGAAAUUAUCAGAAAAUGAUAAUCUACAGUUAAAAUUCGUUGGAUGUAUAGCUGAUGACGGAAAUGUAGGAUCAUUGACAAUUAUAUUUAUACCUUGA